CUAAUCUCAAAUAUUUACAUAUUUGAAACUUCAAAAUCCUACACAUGUACAUAUCAAAAUUCCAUGUUCAUUUCAAGUCUCAAUAAUGUAUUUAUAUCAAAGACAUGAUCAGUUUCUUCAAGCGGCCGUAUCUUCGCUAAAAUUGGACAGCAAUGUUUAUUCUGUGGCCCCCAGUGUAGUUUUCUUAAGUAGUAUGUUUGCACUGAUGUACAUUUAUUUUAGCCGGUACUCUUAUUCCGAAUGGCAAGUGGGAAUAUAUCAUAAUUUAGUCUUCCACUGGGCCUAUUUUUACAUCGCUAGGAUUUGGCUUGUUAUAGUAAAAUUAGCAAGAUUCCUUAUAGAAUAUAUGGAUAAAUAUAUAGAGGCGAACUGUCGAAAAGAUGAGAUCAUUCAAAACCAAAUACUUACUCACACAUGCAUAUUUUUCGUAAUGCUGAUAUUAUCGAUGUUUCCUUUAGCGUUACUAAUACCGCAACUUUUUCAUAACCAAAGAAUGCCAAACUUCUUUACAUGGAUUGUUAACGACAACAUCAGACAUAACACUGAGAUAGGCACGUCUAUCCCAUACCUAGAAAGGCCUCCUAAUAUUUUGGAACAACCUCACAAGCGGUCUGCAGCUUCAUACCGGUCGAAAAUAUCCAGUAGUUUUAUCAAUCCGGUGGCACGUGGUGUAAAAGUAUCAGCUAUGAGGAUUAGUAGGUCUAUGAUGACAGUCCAAAGAGGAACUAUGACAUAAAAUAUACAGAAGCAAGAUGGAUAUCGAUCAAAUUUGUACCUUGAUUUUAUAAAUUAUUUUUUGAAGUACAAA